AUGAAAUUGCUCGCGCUGGGCCUGGUUUUGGGCUGCCUGUCAGUGGCAGAUGCGGCGAUUCAGGUUGACCAAGUUGAUGUGUUCAUCGGCGGAACGCGGGGCCAUGCGUGUUAUCGUGUGCCAACUGCCGUAACGCUGCCCAACAAUACUGUCUUGAUGGCUGUCGAAAGCCGUCGCACAACCUGUGGCGAUCAAGCCCCCAAGGAUAUUGAACUCGUGCGAAGCCAAGAUGGGGGCUUCACGUGGUCCGAGCCAGUCAUGCUCGUGGGCAGUCUGACUGGGAAUACGACCUACCGCAACCCUUACUUGACGGUGGUUCCGGGCUCCAGCACCACCGCUACACCUGACCUCGUGUUGCUUCAGUUUGUCAAUUCUACUCUGGAUGAACCUUGGACCACCUUUCAAAUGGAAUCACGCGACGCUGGCCUCACCUGGUCUUCCGCUCAACCAGUCAAUUUGAGUGCGUGGAAUGGAACUUUGGCCGGGCCAGGCUUGGGCAUCACCCUUGCGCACACGCACCCAGGCCGCAUUAUCAUGUGCGGUGCUUCGGGUUACCACGCGGGCCACUCUGCCAACGGUGUCGUCUGGUUCUCGGAUGAUCAAGGGGCAUCCUACGUUGUCAGUGCCGUGUUUCCCGAGAUGCAAGAGUGUCAAGUGGCCGAAUUGGCCGAUGGCACUUUGCUGAUCAACUUUCGCAACAGCCACCUAAAUUCAAGCUGCGACUGCCGCGCGCAGAGCGUGAGCCAUGACGGCGGCCUGACCUGGGGCCCUUUGACGUACAUCCCUGACCUUAUCGAGCCUGUUUGUUCCGCGGGCUUGGUGGCCGCUAAUGACACGCUAUACUUUACCAACCCAAACAGCCGUGACCAGCGCAUUAACAUGUCCGUUCAGUCCUCCAUGGAUGGCGGCAACACCUGGUCCCACGAGGUCACCCUCUGGCCCGGCCCCUCAGGUUACAGCGUGGCGACCAACCACCCUAAUAGCAAAUGCACGCUUGGUGUGGCCUAUGAGCGAGGUGAGCAAAGCUAUGCGGAGCGCAUCACCUUUGCCCACAUCAACCUCUGCUACGAGUGA